AUGUCGGAAGGGGACCAGCUCAUUGACUCUCACGUCUCUCUCAAGCAGUGUCAGAAGGCUGUUGAAGCUCUUCAUUCACAUGAGCUCAAACAGAAGGAGAAGUUCGAGGAAAACCAGCUCCUUCCUGCAAAAGAGCAACAUAUUUGGCUCAAUGUUACAGUGAAGAAGAUCGUUGCCAGGCAUAGGCUGAAGCCAUACAAAAUCCCAAUUUCCCAUCCUAUCGUCGAUCCCCGAACAACACCAGUAUGUUUGAUCACAAAAGAUCCCCAACGGGAGUACAAGGACCUUCUCGAGAAGCACAACAUCAAGUUUAUCUCGAGAGUUGUUGGAAUUGAGAAGCUGAAGGGCAAGUUCAAGCCAUUCGAGGCUCGAAGGAUGCUGCUGAAGGAAAACGGGAUGUUCUUGGCCGACGAACGAGUGAUCCCUCUACUGCCAAAGCUUUUGGGAACGAAAUGGUUUGAGGCGAAGAAGCAACCUAUACCCGUCUGCCUUACCCGUAAAGAUCUGAAAGGCGAGCUUGAACGCGCCAUUUCUUCGACCUACAUGAACCAAAAUCAAGGCACUUGCACAUCAAUAAAAGUGGGCAAGAUGUCCCAAAAACCCUCCCAGAUCGUCCAAAACGUCCAAACUGCUCUUCCGGCCAUCGCUAAAGCCGUCCAAGGUGGAUGGGACAACAUCCAGAGCUUCCACAUCAAAACGAAUGCGAGUAUGAGCCUACCAAUAUGGUCGUGUUCUCUGGACGACGCUGAAGGAGGAAGAUGGGAUGGGCUAAAGGCUGGAGAUGAGGACGAUGAGGAGGACGAUAGUGACGAGGAAGACGAAUCCAAGGCGGUGGAGUCAUCCAAGUCCAAGAAGGCGACACCCUCGAAAGGACGAAAACGACCUUCGAGUUCUGAUGAGGAAGAGGAGGAAGAAGAAAAGCCAAAGAAGAAGGCCAAAGGCCCUGACGGUGCCUCGAAGACGAAAGAAUCCGCAAAAUCUGGCAGUAAAGUCGCUUCUGCCCGCGUAGACUCCACUGCUACCCCAUCCAAAAAGCGCAAGGCAGACGAACAGCCCUCGACUUCGUCAAAACCCGAAGUAUCCGCUUCUUCAGGCAAGAAAGGCAAACCGACCGCUGGCAAGAAAAAGGACGCCGCCCAGGCAACUACACAGCCGACAGACGCAGGCGUCGAGGCCUUAUCGAAAAAGAAAAAGUCAGGCAGCAAGGGCUCUGACGAUACUGCCUCUCCCAAAAAAUCAGCACCUUCAUCUGGCCCUGCAUCGACAACAACUCCAUCUGGCGAGGAAUCGGGUAAGAGCAAGGAGAAAGAGAAGAGGCAAAAGGAGAAGUCUUCGAAGGCUGGUGAUGCUGUCGUGUCGUCAGUCUCCGAGAAGACAGCAGCAACACCCAGCGUAUCGCUGUCAAAGGAGGAGGUGAAGCAGAAGCGAAGCGCCGGUGCGGGGGAGAAGAAGAAAGAGAUCAUUGCGAAGUCAAAAGGGGGUAAAAGCGUCAAAAAUGCUGUGCUCGGGAAGAAGGCUGCCCAAGUAUGA